AUGGUUUGCGGCGCUGCUCAGUCAUCCAUUGGUGGUCGCAGAAAAGCCCAGCGAUUGUUGUCUGCUCCAUGCCGCAAAAAGCUCUGGGGCAAGGUCAGGAAGCAUAUUGUCAAGCAGCAGAAAGGACGGAAGAGCAAGGUUCAUUCACCUACAAUCCAAGAGAAGGUCAAUAGCUUCCUGCUGCAAAAUGCCACAGUGACUGGCAAAUUGAUGAAAUGCCAAGGGGCAGUGCUCCCAGUCUACAAUUUGAAAUCCUCCCGUGGGAGGCUUUGGGCACGAAGUCCUGCCAUGCAGUCGCUUUUAAGCAGACCAGUGUGGUAUAAGCAUUUACGUGCGCACCAUGCAAACUUUGUGCGCCUGAAGUGCCGCACAGAUGUUUGCACCUUUUGCCACAAGUAUGACAAAGUCUUGCUGCCAGCCUUGCGGAAAGACCUUGCGUCUGCCCGGGGUGAAGUGGAAAGUGUGGAUGCCAAGUACUUCGAAUCGUUCGACAAGCAUUGGGAAAGCAUGAAGGCGCAGAACCGCACAGACCCUGAUGAUUGCUUGUCCCUGCAGCACGUGAAGUUUUUCAAGCUCUUCCUUGACAAAACCUCAGAUGAGCGGAGUCAAAAGGCAACUCCCUUGGGGACAGUGGCGUUCAGACAGCGGCUGAAGGAGGCGGAAGCCAAGGCCAGCCACAUGAUGGCAAACUACUUGGACGUUCUUGAGAGUUGCAGCCACCACUUUCAAACCGUCCAUCGGCAGCAUCAGCGCCGGGAGUUUCUAGAAGACCAGCUGAGCAAGGACAGCAUUUUGGUGCAGUUAGACUUCAUGGAAAAUAUGUCAUGGCCGCUAGGCCCAGAAGAAGCUCAGGACUGGUUCUGGGCUACUUCAAGAGAGACAAUGACAACGCUUGGCUUCUAUGUGUGUCGCUGGAAAGGACGAGCCCUUUGCAAAGAGAACUAUCACUAUGUGUCACAAAUCCUGAACCAUGACUCCGCCUACGCGUGCCAAUGCUUGAACGACCUAGUGCGCUCCUUGCCAACAGAUGGAGUCAAAGAAUUCCAUUGCUGGGCAGACUGCGGCCCGCAUUUUCGGAGCUAUGAGUUCCUGUGGAACUUGGUGGAGCAGUGCCGCGAUGUUUUUCCCAGGGUGCAGCUCCAUUUCUUCGCCGAACACCAUGGCAAGGGCCGAUGUGAUGGGGCCUUUGGAUUGCAAAGGAAGUGGGUUUCGGACUUUGCUAGGACCUCUACCAUUGAUUCACUGUCUAGCAUGAAGCUAGCUUUGGAAACUGGGGCAGCAGCUACUAUGUCUUUGGAUCCCCCACCGAAAGGACCAGCCUACUACAUUAAAGUUUUUGAGCCCGAGUCCAAGACAUUUUGCAAGAAAUUUGACACCGCUGGCCUCGAAUUGCAGAUUGAGUAUACAUACUGCCUCCUGUUAGAGAGGGCCAGAGCAGGGCAUGUCAGAGUUGUCAAUUAUGUAUUCUCAGACAGGGAGAGCGCCGGUAAAGCUGGGGUCACUGUGGGAAGAGCAGAGUGCACCAUACAGAAAUGCACCGAUGAGUGGCGGAGGUCUUUCCGUGCACAGCAGCCAGAAAAAAAUCCCUUGAAUGUCGCCUUGCUCCAGCGACGCUUGCGCAAGCAGAGAACGUUUGCGGACAUUGGCCCUGUGAGUCGGAGAGACUCCCGCUUGGUGGAAUUGAGGAAGCGAGAAAAAAGAGCAGCCCACGCCAGAAGCAAAUACCUAAGGCAAAAGAGGGUGUUUGCUGUCAACCUCAAAGAGGAUUCGACCAGCUCAGAUGAGACUGACAGCUCUAGCUCCACAGAAUGA